AAAAAUAAAGAAAGAAAAUAGAAAGAAAGAAAGUAAAAAAGAGAGUAAAACAUGAAAAAGGGUAGGAGUAAAGAAAGAGAGAAGAGAUUGAUGAGAUAACAAAAGAGAAGCUAGAAGAAACAAUAAGCUUCUCAUCAUUCUAUGUGUAUUGAAAACUCACUGUAAAACAGGAGAAGAAGUUUAAGAAGAAGAAGAAACUAGCUAGGGUUUGGGUUUCUACCAUAUGAUACAACAAAGCAAGUAGUGAAGCAGCUAUCAGAAGUGCUGGAACUAGUUUGUAGAGAUUCUUUGAGAGUGAUUUGAGGAUUGAAGGAAGGAAUGAAUAGAGGGUUUCUAGAGAGUUUGCCAGUGCAACAAAUGAUGAUGAGUGCAGGAAAUCCAAAUUGGUGGAAUAUUAACAAUACAGUGAAACCACCACCACUACUCCAUUCUCAACUACAACCAAAUCCUUCGACAACAUCUCUUCUGCCACAAUACCCACCUUCAUCACUUCCUUUGAACUUCUUAGAAAAUGAUCAUAAUCAUCAAGAACUUCCCGAGUCUUGGUGUCAACUUCUCAUGGGAGGAUCACCAAUUGUAGAAGAAGGAGAUGAAAGAUUAGGUUUGAGUAAUCAAUAUAAUCAACAAGUUAAGAAGUUAGAGAACUGGGAAGAACAAAUUUUCUAUCCAUCUGAAGCAAAUGAUAAUAAUAGUUCUAUAGUUGAUCAUGUGAAACAAGAAGUAUCUGAAAGUGCGGCUUAUGCUUACGGUCUUGUUAGUAACGGAGAAUUUCAGACAUCAAAUGGAAGAGUAGUGCCUAAUUGGUCUCCUCAUCAUCAAGUUAUGCCAGUUUCAUCUCCAAGUUCUUGUGUUACUAGUUUCAGCAGCAAUAGUAUGUUGGAUUUCUCUACUACAAAGUCUGAUAAUACUCAUGGUACCAAACAUCAUCCACAACCAGAUCAUUCGUCUGAGUGUAAUAGCACUGCAACAGGUGGGGCAUUUAAGAAAGCUAGGGUUCAACAAUCUUCUACACAAUCUACUUUCAAGGUGAGAAAGGAGAAAAUAGGUGAUAGAAUAACAGCACUACACCAGCUAGUUUCUCCAUUCGGGAAGACUGACACAGCCUCAGUCUUGUUAGAAGCUAUUGGGUACAUUAGAUUCCUCCAGAACCAAAUUGAGGCCCUGAGCUUGCCGUACUUGGGCAGUGGAUCAGGAAACAUGAACCAACAACUACAACAUCAACAACAGUCUGUUCAAGGAGAAAAGAAUUGUAUAUUUCCCGAAGACCCUGGUCAGCUCUUACAUGUCGACACCAAUAACAUGAAAAGAAGAGGAGUUCCUGAUCAGGAUUCGGAAAAUGCACCCAGGAUGGACUUGAGGAGUAGAGGGUUAUGUCUAGUUCCACUAGCGUGUACACUUCAAGUAGGAAGUGAUAACGCGGCAGAUUUCUGGGCUCCAACGCUCGGUGGAGGUUUCCGAUAAGCACCUGGAAACACAGGUGUUAAUUAGGUCAUCAACAGCACGUACAGUACCGUGGUACCGAAUGGACAAAGUAUCGAUCGGAUGAAUGAAGCUUUCAUGGAAUGAUGAUAUAACAUCAUGAGCAGUCACUCUGCUAAGAAAAGGAAUCAAGGCUGAUUGCUCAUGAUGCUAUGCAUUUAUCUAAUUAUCAAAGAUUUAGCGAGAAUAAAUAUGUAAUGUGCUGUAUAUUACUAGUUUAGUAGUUAAUUAAUAGGGUUUUCUCAAGAGUGCAUGGCCUCUUUCUAGUGUUACUACUCUGAUCUCUUUCUAAUCCGAGAUUAGUUUGUUGGGGUUUCCUAUCCUUCAUCGAUCUAUCUGUAUUCUAAUACAAUUGCUUUGUUGUAUAUGUAAACUCUACUAGUAAUUCAAAUGUUAAGGUUAACUACU